CUUAGUGGAGAGAAAAGUGUACGCUUCUGUUUUAGUCAUGUAAGAUUUUGUCCACAGAAACUAAAAUGACAAUUGACCCGAGUCGGGUAGUUCCACGAGUAGUCAUGGCAGUUUUAGUGGGAAUAGCAUUUAUUUUGCUGGUCCAAUUUGAGCUUCGUCACAGGAAGAAUCAAAAAGAUGAUGAAAUUUCAAAUGAUAGCAUAUUCACCAUCUUAAGCCACAAACUGGAGUCUGUAUUUAAAUUUGGUAGUGAAGUUAACGACACGACUAGCGGAAAAAAACGUUCAGUUAUCGGUGAUUCCGGAAAAUCUCUUGAUAAGUCAGACAUUCCUGAUGUAAGAAAUUUGGAAUCUACAAGUCCUGAUAAUAAACAUGCCAACAAUAAAAGUUUGACGAAUAUAAUAUUUAAUGAAAGUUAUGUUCAGUCAGAAAAAGUACCAGAUAAAAUUAGGACUACUUUGAUUCGAAAAGAGUAUAUAUCUAUAAAUGAGACUAGUGCCAACGAAAAACAAAGUCUCAACUCAUUCUCACUUCGGGAAUGUUUUAGUAAGCGAGGUGUUGUUAUUUUAAUGAGCUUAGCAAGCAUUAUUUCAUUUCUGUUGGGCUCUUUCUGUUGUUUAGGAAAACAACUCUUAUGGAGUGAGAAGCAUUUUUCUCCAAACAAGUGGUGGAUGUCGAGAAAUGAGGAACUGUGGAACUUUACCAGCUUAGUUAGACAGAGAAGUAAGUCUUUAGUCACAGAAUCCCAGUCUACAGUUACAGACGAUUCAGUGGUACCUUUAUUGUCCAGCGAUGCUUCCAUUUGUACAGUACAGCCAACAAACACACCAUCUCUACUUAGCACAGGAUCUUUAUCGGUGAACACCACUUGUUCUCAAACUACAGUUUCUUCAUCUGUUAGCACUGCUUCUUCUUCCAUUAAAUCGUCUAUGCCAAUCCAUAAUUUCUUGUUUGUCAAGUCACCAGUGUUGAAUAAUGAGUCAUAUUUUGUCAAGCCACCAGGGCGAACCAUUAGUACACCAUUGGUGAAAUCAUCACCUUUGACCGUUGCUUCAGAGUUCGUUAGAUCAACAGAACGAGUUGUCAGACCACAUUUGAUUGAAACAACGCAGAAAGCUGGACCAGGAUCAACUAUUAAAGAUGGUUUGUGAAUAACUACCGGUACAUCUACCAGUGGUGUUACCAUCUAUUAGCCAAUGACAUUACGUAAUUAAGUGGUUAUUUGUCAACUCCAGGAUUUUCAAUUAAUUUAUUUUUCGCGGACUAAUGUGAAGCAGAAUAAAAAUUGUAUGAUGCGAGAUAAGAUAACUUUCUGGCUGAAUUUCUCAGCUACUUAAAAUAAAACUAAACAAAAUUAGGUAUCAUUUAAGAAAUCUUUUGUGGAAUAAUUCACUGAAAUAUAUUCGCAUUUCACCCCAUUUGUAUUAAUAAAAUCUG